AUGCGUCAGGCUGCAUCGCUCACAAAUUGGGAUUCCCGGAACCCUGAGGAUGAGGAUGUAUCCUGGGAGUUGAUUCACUAUAGAAUCCAGCAAGUCGUAUUGGAAUUCUCUCCACCUCACCGCCACCAAACACACGCUAUGGGCCCGCCGUGGUUCGACCGAGAACUGCGGGCGGCCUCCGGCAGCGGAAUAAAGCCUGGUCCAGGUACCGUGCGACAGGCGCAGGAUAUGAGGAAUAUUGAUGUAUUCGAAAUCAUUGCACUGCACUAA